AUGGGCCUCUUCAAGAAAUCCGACGACGGCGACGACUCCAACCGCCGUGCCCUCUUCGGCCGCAAGAACAAAAGCCCCCCAGCAAACCCCUACGCCAAACCCAUCCCAACAAACGCCUACACCAAAGCCAAGAUCGAAGCCGGCGUGGCUCCCCUCCCCGCCGGUGAGCAACCACUCGCCGGAGACAAGACCCCUGCCGCGACCGCAACCGCACCCAUCGCAGCCUCCGCCGGUCCUGCUGGAGGAUACACACCGAACAAAUAUGGUAAUCAGGGCGGAUACGGAACAGAUCGAUUCGGCGGUGGGGGUGGUGCCGCCGCUGCGCGCUCUGGAGGCUAUGGAGGUCUAGGCAGUGACCCCAACGACCCCGGCGAUGCCAGUCGAGACGCACUCUUCGGCGGAGCAAGAGAUCGAGUACAGCAACAGCAACCCGGCGCUCCCCCGCCAUACGAAGAAGGAGGAAAUGCCGCGGGAGCUGCAUAUGGAGGUGGCUACGGCGGCGGCAGCAACGAUUACAACAACGUGUACCAGGAGCGCCAGCUCACCGCGGAGGAAGAAGAAGAGGAGGAAAUCCAAGCCAUCAAGCAGGAGAUGCGCUUCGUCAAGCAAGGCGAUGUAGCAUCGACCCGCAACGCCCUCCGAAUCGCCGCGCAGGCGGAAGAAACCGGCCGUGAAACCCUCGCCCGUCUAGGCGCGCAGGGAGAAACCAUCCAUGACACAGAGCGCAACCUCGAUCUCGCCACAAUCGAGGGCCGUGUUGCGCAGGAAAAAGCCCGUGAACUCAAAACGCUCAACAAGAGCAUGUUUCACGUCCAUGUUGCCAACCCCUUCACCGCUUCGCGCCGCCGCCGCGAGCGCGAGGAACUCGUCCUCAACACCCAUCGCCAGGACCGUGAUACCCGCGAGGGCACCCGGAGUGAGGCGUUUCAGACUAACCAGCGUAUGGACCGCACUUUCCGUGAGAUCGACAAGGAGGGCAAGCGGCCCGCCGGCAAGGCGCGUGCCAAUGUCACAGAGCGCGCGAAGUACCAGUUCGAAGCGGACAGCGAGGACGAGGGGAUGGAGGACGAGAUCGAGCAGAACUUGGAACUAUUACAUGGUGCUGCGGGUCGAAUGAAUGGCCUUGCCCGCGCGACUGGUCGUGAGAUCAGUGAACAGAAUAGACACCUGGAACGAAUUGCUGGAAAGAGCGACUUCGUCGACGACCAACUGGCCAUGAACAGAGACAGACUGGACCGAAUUCGUUAA